AUUAUUGGUUCUGGAAUCUUUAUUUCCCCAAAAGGAGUUUUGGAGCACACCGGCUCGGUGGGACUCGCGCUCAUUAUUUGGGUGCUCGGAGGAGGGAUCGCUGCUCUUGGAUCACUAUGUUAUGCUGAAUUAGGAGUGACUAUCCCUAAAUCAGGAGGGGAUUACUCCUACGUCACAGAGAUUUUUGGUGGGUUAGCUGGGUUCUUGCUGCUCUGGAGCGCGGUGCUCAUCAUGUACCCCACCAGCCUGGCUGUCAUUUCCCUGACAUUUUCAAACUACGUCCUGCAGCCCGUCUUCCCGAACUGCAUCCCACCCUACAACGCCUCCAGGAUCCUCUCCAUGGUGUGUUUAUUGCUGCUGACCUGGGUGAACGGCUCCAGCGUACGAUGGGCCACGCGCAUUCAGGAUAUAUUCACCGCAGGAAAACUGCUAGCCCUGGCUCUUAUCAUUACCGUGGGCUUCAUACAGAUCUUCAAAGGAAACUACGAGGAGCUGGCACCAAGCAACGCAUUCAAGUUCUGGAUGACACCGUCCGUGGGGCAUUUAGCCCUAGCUUUCCUCCAAGGCUCCUUCGCGUUCAGUGGCUGGAACUUCUUAAACUAUGUGACAGAAGAAUUAGUUGAUCCCCGCAGGAACCUACCUCGUGCCAUAUUCAUAUCCAUCCCAUUGGUGACAUUUGUGUAUACGUUCACCAACAUUGCAUAUUUCACUGCCAUGUCACCCCAAGAGCUCUUGUCCUCCAACGCUGUGGCGGUAACAUUUGGUGAAAAGUUACUGGGCUAUUUUUCCUGGGUUAUGCCAGUCUCAGUGGCCCUAUCUACAUUUGGAGGAAUAAAUGGAUACCUUUUUACCUCAUCAAGGCUCUGCUUCUCCGGGGCCCGCGAGGGCCACUUGCCCAGCCUGCUGGCCAUGAUCCACGUGGAGCACUGCACGCCCAUCCCAGCCCUGCUCGUCUGCUGCUUGGCCACGCUCAUCAUCAUGCUUGUUGGGGACACGUACACGCUGAUUAACUACGUGUCAUUUAUUAACUACCUCUGCUAUGGGGUGACCAUUAUAGGCCUGAUCGUGUUACGCUGGAAGAAGCCCAAGAUCUUCAGACCUAUCAAGGUGAACCUCCUCAUCCCGGUCACUUACCUGGCAUUUUGGGCUUUUCUGUUGAUCUUCAGCUUAUACUCAGAGCCCGUUGUCUGUGGCGUUGGACUUGUUAUCAUUUUAACUGGAGUGCCAGUGUUUUUCCUCGGAGUCUACUGGAAGAACAAACCAAAGUGUGUCAACAGGCUAAUAGAGUCGGCGACGUGCUGGGGCCAGAAGCUGUGCUUUGUGGUCUACCCGCAGCGGGGAGGCGCCGAGGAGGACGACGUGCGCAGCGGGGCGCCCGCCGGGAAGUAACGGAGCAGCCCCAGGCCCGAGGAGCUUCUUG